AUGUCGAAAACCGUCACCACAGUCGACCUGUCAAACACCGCAAGCGCCUACUAUGCCCCGGCGACUGUCGCUCCGGCUGGAAAACUUAUUCAUGUCGCCGGUCAACCGGGAAGCUUGAAGGAUGGAUCAAUGCCCAGCGACUAUGAGUCGCAGAUUCACCUGGCUCUGCUCAACCUACGCAAGAUUAUCGUUGCCACUGGAUCUUCUAUCGAGAACAUUGCGAAACUGAAUCUUUUCAUUGUGAACUAUGACGCCGCCAACCGAAAGCAUACACGCCAUAUCCAGCGCUUCUUGGGAGGUCACCGACCAGCAAUCACUCUUGUCCCUGUGCCACAGCUUGCAGUACCAUCGUGGCUGUUCGAAGUCGAUGCUGUUAUUGCACUCCCGGAGCCAUCGCUUCCUCCUGCACUGCCCAAUGUAAACCAGACCGUGGACGUUGUCAUCAUUGGUGCCGGCCUGGCUGGUCUGACCGCUGCGCAUGAUAUCCUGCGCAGCGGUCUAUCCUGCGUCAUUCUUGAGGCGCGGGACCGUGUUGGUGGCAAGACUUUGAGCACACCACUUAGGGACGGCGGUACUAUUGAUCUUGGAGCUGCCUGGAUUAAUGACACAAACCAGAGCAAGGUCUACGCCCUUGCGAAGCGUUACGGCGCAGAGGUCAUUGAGCAGAAUACGCAGGGAAAUGCUGUUUUAGAAGACUUUGAUGUUUCUGACUUUGAGAGACAGUUUGAUGAAAACACUCGGCAACAUCUGGCACAGAUUCGCGAUAUGUGCGAGGCAGAUUGCCAGGCCCUUGACACAUGGAGACCCGAUGACGAUUCUCUGGAUUCUCUCACAUUCGAGGCCUAUUUGCGGUCCCGGGGAGCCAGCGAAGUCGCACUUGCUACGGCCACAGUCUGGACGCGGGCCAUGCUGGGCCAGGACCCUCGCGAUAUCUCCGCUCUUUACUUUUUGAACUACUGCAAGUCUGGUGGAGGUCUGCUGCAGAUGAGAUCUGAUCGCAAGCAUGGAGGUCAGUACCUGCGAAUCCGCCAAGGUACCCAGGCUUUCUCCCUAGGAUUAGCCUCGUCGCUACCCGAGGGUAUAACAAAGCUGUCCGCCCCUGUGCACUCAGUUGUGCAGAGCGGUGACCAGUCGAUCAAGGUGCAGGCAGGUGGCGCAGUAUAUGCUGCUCGGAAGGUUAUCACCACUGUUCCCAGCCCUGCUUUGAAGAGUAUUGCUUUCCACCCUAAGUUGCCCCCCGCGAAGCAGGUCUGGGCCGAGUCGACCACGUAUGGAUACUACACCAAAGCCAUGAUGGAGUUCCGCUCUCCCUUUUGGGAAAAGAAGGGCUUCUGCGGCCUUGCACAAUCAUUUAUUGGCCCAGCCAGCGUGGUUCGGGAGACCUGCAGUCCCGAGGAUCGGAAGUACGUCCUAACAUGCUUCCUGUCUGGCGAUCCUGGAUGGGCCUGGGCAGUACUUUCUACUCCUGAGCGGGAGCGCAGUCUUCUGAAGCAACUUGAGAAGCUCUUUUCAACUGGCGGAUUGCAGCGAGAGUUUGUGCAAAUGACAACCUACGAGUGGGUGCAUGAUGAGUGGGCUGGCUGGGGCUGCCCGUGCACAGCGCUCACUCCCGGUGUCAUUGCUAAUCUUGGUGGCGACGCUCUACGUGAAAGUUGUGGAAGCUUGCACUUUGCUGGCACGGAGACUGCGGGUGAGUGGAAGGGUUACAUGGAGGGUGCUAUUCGGAGUGGUGAGAGAGCCGCUGCCGAGGUUAUCAAGGGCUUGCAAGCUGGUAUUACUGCUCGCCUGUAA